AUGAACAAGUUGCUUCCCCCUCUUCGUUCUCUUCGUCUACGCAAUUUCUCGGCAGUCAUUUGUCGCAGCUAUUUGAAAAGAUAUGCAACAACAUCACCCGCAUUCGACUCUGAUGAAUCGCGGGAAGUCGAGGAUUUUGGGACGUACGAUGUCAUCUUACCUGAGGAGCCGUUCGUAUGGGGCGUCUCCCAUAUCACCCGGCGUCCAGUUCCAAGUCAUAUUAUUCGACCGAAAUACGCCGUACAGAAUGAUCCCUCGAUAGACCAUGAACAGCAGUACGAAGGAGACGGAAGAAUAAAUCUGGGUAGCAUAGACGAGAAGCGCGUGCGAGCGGCUGCGACACUUGCUAAGAAUGUGCGCCAGUAUGCUGGCUCGCUUGUGCAGGUGAGAUUUAUCAAUCCGGGUGUGACCACCAAUUCGAUAGAUGCUGCAAUACACAAUUUUAUAAUCGCACAUGAAGCAUAUCCUUCACCACUACUAUACAAGGGCUUUCCCCGUUCAUGUUGCACUAGUGUUAAUAAUGUUGUUUCGCAUGGCAUACCAGAUGAUCGACCUCUCGAGGACGGGGAUAUAAUUAACAUUGAUGUAACAAUCUACCUCGAUGGCUAUCACGGUGAUACUUCUUCUACUUUCCUUGUCGGAGAUGUUGACGAACCUGGCCGAGACCUCGUGCACAUCACAAAUACUGCACUCGAGGCUGGGAUUAAUGCGUGUGGACCUGGUAGACCGUUCAAUGGCAUUGGCAGGGCUAUACAUGAAAUCGUUCGAAAUACCUGUCAUUCUGUCUGUCCUGCCUUCGCCGGGCACGGCAUAGGGACCGUUUUCCACCGACCCCCUUGGAUAUACCACACUCGCAAGUCCACAUUUCUAAAUGAAGAACCUGGCGUAAUGCUUCCUGGACACUGCUUUACCAUAGAGCCUUCUCUCGUUCAAGGUUCUAAUCCCAGCGUCUGGAUUUUCCCAGAUGGCUGGACUGCAUCGACGGAGAAUUGUGCACGAAGCGCUCAAGCAGAGCAUAUGAUUCUCAUCACCGAGACUGGCAUAGAUGUUUUAACGCGGUGA